GGUAAACGUGAUAGGUAAAACCACGUUAUUUUGUCACGUAUGUACAUUUACUAUUUCAUCAUGUUCAUCAUAUUGUGAAAUAGCACAUUUGACAGCAUAUAACACUUGUUGCUUUUCACUAUUUCUCACUGAUUUUUAUUUCUUCGUUGAAUUUGUAUAAUCAAGUGUCAACCAAAAUUUGUCAUUGUGUCUUUAUCCGAUUAAUUUUUUUAAUUUUUAAUAUUAUUACAUUUUAAUAUUAAAGAAAAUAAAAGACAGGUAAAUAAAAAAUUUAACUUGAAAGAUUUUGAUUAAAAAUUAAUAAACUAAUAUUAUUUGUCAGGCUAUGUGUGACCAAGUCGCAACAACAGUAAGCACAGAGUACAAAAUGGAAUCACCAUAUCUUGAGGCGAUCCAAAAAAUACCAGGUAAAACACCUGGUGAAAAACAUCAAGCACUGAAUUGCAUUGCCAGGAAGCUCAUUGAUAAUGCAAUGGAAACUGAUGAUGAUGGUGUGAAAAAUGUUGAUGUCAAGAGUUCAGCUGAACUUCCAGAGUGUCUUGUGCCAAUUGUUCAACUUGAAGUGGCUAAAAUUCUUCAUCAACCUGAUGGUAUUGUGGCUGCACUUAAAUCUGAUGAUGCCUUUAUCAAUGAUCGUGCACUCAAAGUCAAGUGGUUUUUUGAUGGCAGCAAUGAGGACAUCACUAACAGUCAAUAUUUUAAUAAACACAUUUUUCCACAUGUCUCAUUGACUAUUCGCAUGAGAAUUAUUAAAAACUUGGCAAAAUAUUUGAUGUUGUCCAAUAAACAAGGUAUUGCUGAAAAUUUUUAUAUUGAAUUAAAAGAACAAUAUGGUGAAGAAUUAGUGAGACCACUUUGUUUUGCCUGUGGAGAAGACUUUAUUCGAAUUACUACUAAUAAAUGGAAAAAACCAGUCAGUGUUAGCGAGCUUGAAAUUAUCUAUCCACGUUUUCCAAAAUUUGUUAUUUCAUUAUUGAAAAGUAAUCCUGUUAAAUACAGUAAAUUUUUACCCAAUUUACUGAUAAAUCAUGCUGAAAUUUUUGCUGAUAUUGUCAAAAAAUCCAAUUCAUGUAUCAAAUUAAGUCGCAAAAAAUGUCAAUUAUUUUUGAAAAAUGCACGAAAUGCUUUCUUGGAUGAUCCAAAAUAUUUUAUGCCUGUAUUGCCUUUGAAAUUGAUCACAACGAUGCUGAAUAAAUUGGAAUUUCAUCAAUUUUAUAAAAAAAUGUUUCCACAGAACCAAAAAGAAUUUUGCUUUAUAACACUUUACAAAUAUUUAAAAUACUAUCAUGAAGAAGAAAAAUUGAAUCUUUUAAUUUCAAUAUUUGAGGAACUUUAUGGAAUAAGUUUUCUGGAGUGUGUUGGUUUAAUAUCAUUUCCACAGCUCUUAGUACAUAAUUAUGCUGAUGUUUUCGUUAAUAUUGUCAAGAGGUUCAAUUUAAACAACAAGUUGAGUAACAAAAAUUGUGAAUCUUUUUUUAACUAUCAACUGAAUCGUAUUUUAAAUACAUCUUUGAAGUUUUUAAAAUUAAUUACAGAAAAGCUAAAUAAAUUGGAAUUUUACCAUUUUUUUAAGCAUUUAUUUCCACAAAAUUAUAAAGGAUUUUGUUUUACAACAUAUUACCAACUUCUAGAAUACUAUCCAAAAGAAGAGAAAUUAAAUCUUUUGAUAUCAACAUUUGAAGAUCUUUAUGGUGUAAGUCCAUUGGAGUGUGCUCUCUUGAUAUCGUUUCCACUGUUAUUAGAAGACCAUGCUGAUGUUUUCGUUGAUAUUGUCAAAAUGUUUAAUUUGGACAACAAUAUAAGUAACAAAAAGUGUGAAUCAUUCUUAAAAAAUAUACUGGAUCCAUUUUCAAGACGAAAUAAGAUCUGUAUGCCUUUACAAUCUUUAAAAUUAAUUACACGAAUGCUUAAUGAAUGGGAAUUUUAUCAAUUUUAUAAACAUCUUUUCCCUGUUAGUCAUGAAGAACUUCAUUUGGCAAAAACUUACGGAUAUUUAGAGUACUAUCCAAAAGAAAAAAAAUUCGAUCUUUUGAUGUCUACAUUUGAGGAUGUUUAUGGAUUAAAUUUUUUGGAGUGGAUCGAUUCAAUGUCAGUUCAACGCUUACUAAAAAAUCAUGUUGAUUAUAUUUUUGUUAAUGUUGUCAAAGAACACACUUCAAAGAUCAAGUUGAGUGACGAAAAAAGUAAACCAUUGCCAUUGGAAUCAAUUACAGAGAAACUCAAUAAAUUGGAAUUUCAUCAAUUUUAUAAACUGUGUUUUCCAAAAAAUUAUAAAGAUUUUUCUUUUACAACAAUUAAUAAACUGUUAAAAUAUUAUCCUGAAGAAGAAAAAAUCAAUCUUUUAAUGUCAACAUUUAAUGAUCUUUAUGGAAUAAGUUUGUUGGAGUGUACCGAUUUGAUAUCACCAGAUCUUUUACGAUUGUUAAAUCCUGAAGAGAGAAUGAGAAUUGCUAGAAAAAAAAUUGAAACAAAUGAUACACCAACGACAGACAUUAAAUGUUCGUGGAUAUGUUAUUUGCCAACAAAUGAAUCGAUUCCAUUGAUAAAAGAAAAAAUAUCAAAAGAAUCAGUUGCUAGUAAGCGCUGUGAAUAUUUACAAGAGCUCAUAUACACAUGCAGUGUCAACAAGGAUUACGAUGCUCUCCUCAAUGUGUUGGAAUACAUAUUCAUUCGACAUAAAAGUGAACAAAAUCCAGUAAUUCCAAAUGUUUUAAAUAGACUACGUACUGAUUUCGAUGUUAAAAAUUUACCAAAAGAACACUUGGUUAUUGUUGAACAAUUAGUAAUGUUUUUACAUGUUAAAAAUGAGCUUAAAUCAUGUGUAGAUGUAAGCUUAAACUUAACUCGUGAUUUAAUUUUCGCGAAAUUAAAACAUAAUGAAGAGUUUAGCAAAUACAUUAAACUUUACAUCGAGCUUCAGGAUAAUUUCGGUGCAGAUGGUUGGAAUGACUACGACUGGAAUAUUUUUAAAGAUUGUCCAGAUUAUGAAAGAAAGUGGUUAACACAAAUAUGCAUGUAUGAUUAUGGACAUGAUUUACCAAGAUUUGUUGAUAGUCUGCUGCGUAGUAUUUAUGAUUUUAAUGAAAGAAACGCCAAGGCUGACGUUCCAUUAGAAAAAUUGAGUACAAAAAAUUAUCCAUUAUUAUAUAAAGCUGAUUGGCGGAGAACUGAUGAACUUUUGGAGAUAAGAAGUGGCUGGGUUAAUUAUAAACCAAAGUUACCUGAAAAAAUUGAAUUUGACAAUUCCAAUGUCAUAAAAUUAUUGCAAAAAUCACCAGAAAAAAUUAUAAAAAACUGGAAUAAAUAUCUUGAGCUAUGUAAAAAUAAAAUUACAAGACGUAAUCUUGCUCGUAGAUUUCUUCGUGAUGCUAGAUGGCAUCAAGAUUUACCCAUAAUGUUUGCAAAUCAAUGUUUGAAAGAAUUAAAAGUUAAAGAAACUGAUGAUAAUCAUAAAAAUCUUUGUAUUCUUGCAGUUUUGUAUGAGGGUGCAUCAUAUGAAAAGCUAUUGACACCUUUUAUACCAGAAUCAAAAACACUCGAUUUAACAACCAGCAUAACAAAAGACGAGUAUAAAUUAAACUGUUCUAUUCUAUGGUCAUUAAACAUUGUCAAUCCACCAGUAUCAUUUUCACCAAUCUUUGAAUUUUGUCAAGGAAAUUAUGUUCACGAUGCUGUCAACACGUUGAACAACGUUGGUCGUCGUGUUCCUGUUGGAAAAGUCAUUGAAUUUUCAAAAACUCUUGUCAAUCAAAAAGUAUCUGUUAAAAAACAUGGAAUAAGAUUAUUUUGUCAAGUAGCUAGUCAUAAUCAAAUUCAAGAAAUGAUGUCGUAUCUUUGGAAGAAAGAAAAGAAUUUAUCAAUUCGUGAAAUUUUGUAUCAAUAUAUUUUCAAAUUAUUUAUUGAUGCACCUUCUUCCAAGAGUUGGAGCAUCAUACAAAGUUGCAUGAAUGAAGUCAAGACUGAAGAUCACUUUUGGGAAAGUAUCUUUGACAUUUCCGAGAUCUCUGAUGAUUUUUAUGAAUGUUACAUUUCCAAGUUGCUUGAAACAAUCAAGAGGAUUGAAGAAACAGAAAAGGAUUUUGGACCUUCAAAAAGCCACGAAUAUAUAACUCAUAUCUUAAACGAUAGUUCACACAGAUCAUAUCUAUUUUCAGAAGAAUUCCAUCAGUAUAUUAUCAAAAAUUAUUUUGCUGAUUUUUCGAGACCAGAAUAUUUGUUGUCUGAUAGUUGUCAGAAUUAUAUUAUCAAGGAAUACAUUAUCAAGUCAGGUGACAAACUCGAGUCAAGAUUAGUAUUUCUAACUGAUCUCAUUUUAGAAAUAGUUAAAACAUCCUGGAACGUUUCUUCUGCAUUUAAGACAAACUUGCUUCCAGCCAACUAUUUAAUUUUCAAGCUGAUAUCAUGUAUUUGUAAGAUGGAAUGUGAUCAUGUUAAAAUACGAACUGCAAAGGUUUUGCUUGAUGCUUUGUUGACUGUGUUAAAACCAGAACAAUUAGGAACUUCUUACUUGGAUUUAGUUUACAUUGGUAUUCUUGAUAAUGAAUACACUGUUGAUCAAAUGACACAUCAUCUUGUUCAGCUUAUACCAUCACUGGUAGAACAAUAUUCAAAUGAUAAGCUCGAGUCAAGAUUGGUAUUUUUAAGUGAUGUUAUUUCCGAAACUGUUAAAACAUCUUGGAAUAUUCUUUCCACAUAUAACACAAACUUACAAUCAGCCAACUAUUUAAUUUUCAAACUAAUUUCAUGUAUUUGUGAUAUGAAAUGUGAUCAUGUUAAAAUACGAACUGCAAAGGUUUUGCUUGAUGCUUUGUUGACUGUGUUAAAACCAGAACAAUUAGGAACUUCUUACUUGGAUCUAGUUUACAUUGGUAUACUUAAUGAUGAAUUCACCAUCGAUCAAAUGACAAGUCAUCUUGUCCAGCUUAUACCAUCACUGGUGGAGGUAUAUUCUAGUGAGUCAAUGUCUACAAUUCUUCAACACUUUAAAAAGCAUUUGCAUAUGUUUUUAAAAAAUAAAGAAAAUACUGGUGCAAUAGAUGUUAUUGACAAACUCAUUAGAAAUAAUGACAAAGAUGUUAAUCAUUUUACAAGUAAAUUAUUAUCCGAAUCAAUUGAUCUCAAUAGAAACGAUCAAUAUCCAAUUAUUAUUGAUACAUUGGACAUAAAUUCAGAAGAAUUACAUCAAUUUAUUAUCAGACUUUAUUUUCUUAAAUUUUUAGAACCGGAUUAUUUUUUGCCUAAUAGUAUUUGGAAUUAUACUAUGAAAAUAUACAUUGCCAAGGCAGGUAAUAAUCUCGAGUCAAGAUUGGUGUUUUUAAGUAAUGUUAUUUUCGAAAUGGUUGAAAAAACCUGGAACGUUCCUUGUAUAUAUAAUACAGUCAACUAUUUAAUUUUCCAACUGAUUGAGUGUAUUUGUAAUAUGAGUUGUGAUCAUAUUAAAAUAAGAACUGCUGAAGUUGUGCUUGAUGCUUUGUUAAAAGUGUUAAAACCAGAACAAUUAGGAACUUCUUACUUGGAUUUAGUCUAUGCUGGUGUGUUCGACAAUGAAUACACUAUUGAUCAAAUAACACAUAAACUUGUUCAACUUAUUCCAUCACUGAUUGAAAUAUAUUCUAGUAAGUUAAUGUCUACAAUUGUUCAACACUUUAAAGAGCCUUUGCAUAUAUUUUUAGAGAAUAAAAAUCAUAUUAGUGUGAUAGAUAUUAUGGAGAAACUUAUUUUAAGUGAUGAUAAAAAUGUUUUACUUUUUACAAGUUUAUUAUUAUCUGAAUCAACUGUUCCUAAUAAAAAAGAACAUAAUCCAAUUAUUAUUAAUGAAUUAGAAGUAAAGUCAGAAGAAUUACAUCAAUUUAUUAUCAGACACUAUUUUACUAAUUUUUUAAGACCAGAGUAUUUUUCGUCUGACAGAAUUUGGAAUUAUAUUAUCAAGAAAUACAUUGCCAGAGCAGGUGAUAAUCUUGAGUCAAGAUUAGUAUUUAUAGCUGAUCUUUUUUUAGAAGUUUCUAAAACAUCUUGGAACGUCCCUUCUGCAUAUAAGACAGAUCUUCUUCCAGCCAACUAUGUAAUUUACAAAAUGAUUUCACGUAUUUGUGAUAUGGAAUGCGAUCAUGUUAAAAUACGAACUGCAAAAGUUUUGCUUGACACUUUGUUGACAAUUUUAAAACCAGAACAAUUAGGAACUUCUUACUUGGAUUUGGUUUACAUUGGUAUUCUUGAUAAUAAAUACACUGUUGAUCAAAUGACCCAUAAGCUUGUUCAGAUCAUUCCAUCAGUGGUUGAAAUAUAUUCCAGUGAAUCAAUGAGUAAAAUCGUUCAACGCUUUAAAAAGCCUUUGGACAUAUUUUUAGACAACAAAGGAAACACUCAUGUAAUAGAUGUUAUUGAGAAACUUGUUUUAUGUGAUGAUAAAAAUGUUCUUCUGUUUACAAGAACAUUAUUACUUCAAUCAAAUUUGCAUAAUGAAGAAAAACGAUGUUCAAUAAUUAUAGAUAAAUUAAAAAUGAGUAAAUAUCCAGCUAUUGCUAUGUGUGACCAAGUCGCAACAACAGUAAGCACAGAGUACAAAAUGGAAUCACCAUAUCUUGAGGCGAUCCAAAAAAUACCAGGUAAAACACCUGGUGAAAAACAUCAAGCACUGAAUUGCAUUGCCAAGAAGUUCAUUGAUAAUGCAAUGGAAACUGAUGAUGAUGGUGUGAAAAAUGUUGAUGUCAAGAGUUCAGCUGAACUUCCAGAGUGUCUUGUGCCAAUUGUUCAACUUGAAGUGGCUAAAAUUCUUCAUCAACCUGAUGGUAUUGUGGCUGCACUUAAAUCUGAUGAUGCCUUUAUCAAUGAUCGUGCACUCAAAGUCAAGUGGUUUUUUGAUGGCAAACAAUAUGGUGAAGAAUUAGUGAGACCACUUUGUUUUGCCUGUGGAGAAGACUUUAUUCGUAUUACUACCAAUAAAUGGAUAAAACCAAUCACUGUUAGUGAGCUUGAAAUUAUCUAUCCACGUUUUCCUAAUUUUGUUUUUUCAUUAUUAAGAAUGUAUUCAGUUCUAUACAGUAAAUUUUUACCCAAUUUACUGAUACAUCAUGCUGAAAUUUUUGCUGAUAUUGUCAAAAAAUCCAAUUCAUGUAUCAAAUUAAGUCGCAAAAAAUGUCAAUUAUUUUUGAAAAAUGCACGCAAUGCUUUCUUGGAUGAUCCAAAAUAUUUUAUGCCUGUAUUGCCUUUGAAAUUGAUUACAACAAUGCUUAAUAAGUUGGAAUUUCAUCAAUUUUAUAAAAAAAUGUUUCCACAAAAUCAAAAAGAAUUUUGUUUUACAACACUUUACGAAUACUUGAAAUAUUAUCCAAAAAAAGAAGAAAAAAUAAAUCUUAUUAUGUCUACAUUUGAGGAUGUUUAUGGAAUAAGUUUGUUGGAUUGUGCUGAUUUGAUAUCAUUUCAACUUUUACUAGAAAACCAGCCUGAUGUUUUUGUUGAUAUUGUUAAAGAAUUCAAUUUAGACAUCAAGCCAAGUGACAAAAAAAGUGCAUCAUUUUUAAAAAAUGUACGGAUAUAUUUGUUGAACGAGCCAGAAAUAUUUAUUCCUUUACUGCCUUUGGCAUCAAUCACAAAGAAACUGAAUAAAUUGGAAUUUCAUCAAUUUUAUAAACACCUUUUUCCAGAACAUUAUAAGGAAUUUUGCUUUACAACAUAUUAUCAACUUCUAGAAUACUAUCCAAAAGAAGAGAAAUUAAAUUUUUUGAUAUCAACUUUCAAAGACCUUUAUGGAAUGAGUCCGUUGGACUGUGUUGAUUUGAUAUCGUUUUCAUUGUUAUUAAAAAACCAUGCUAAUGUUUUCGUUGAUAUUGUCAAAAUGUUUAACUUAAACAACAAUAUAAGUAACAAAAAAUUUGAAUCAUUCUUAAAAAAUGUACUGGAUCCAUUUUCAAGACGAAAUAAGAUCCGUAUGCCUUUACAGUCUUUAAAAUCAAUUACAAGAAUGCUUAAUAAAUUGGAAUUUUAUCAAUUUUAUAAACAUCUUUUUCCUCAAAAUCAUCUUUCCCUUCAUUUGGAAACAAUUUACGGAUAUUUAGAGUACUAUCCAAAGGAAGAAAAAUUCAAUCUUUUGAUGUCUACAUUUGAGGAUGUUUAUAAAUUAAAUUUUUUCGAGUGGAUCGGUUCAAUGACACUUCAACGCUUACUAGAAAUUCAUGAUAUUUUUGUUGAUAUUGUCAAAGAACUCACUUCAAACACCAAGUUGAGUUACGAAAAAAGUAAAUCAUUUUUCAAACGUGUACGGGAUCAAUUGUUAAACACUCCAGUGCUUAUAAUAUCUUUAUUGCCAUUGGAAUCAAUUACAGAGAAACUGAAUAAAUUGGAAUUUCAUCAAUUUUAUAAACAAUGUUUUCCACAAAAUUAUCAAGAUUUUUCUUUUACAACAUUUCAUAAACUAUUGAAAUAUUAUCCUGAAGAAGAAAAAAUCAAUCUUUUAUUAUCAACAUUCGAGGAUGUUUAUGGGAUAAGUUUGUUGGACUAUGAUUAUUUGAUACCACGUAAUAUGAUAGAACUCUUAAACCUUGAACAGAGAAUAAAAAUUGCUAAAAAAAAAAUGAAAAUAAAUGAUACACCAGUCAUGAGAUACAUUCAACACUGGGUAUGCUAUUUGCCAACAAAUGAAUCAAUUCCAUUGAUAACAGAAAAAAUAUCAAAAGAAUCAGAUAUUAGUAAUCGCGGUGAAUAUUUAAAAGAGCUAAUAUACACAUGCAGAGUCAACAACGAUUACGAUGCUCUUCUGAAUGUGUUGAAAUACAUAUUUACACGACAUAAAAAUGAGCAAUAUCCAUUAAUUUCAAAUGUUUUAAAGAACCUACGUGCUGAUUUUGAUGUUAAAAAUUUACCAAAAGAACAUAUAAUUAUUGUUGAUCAAUUAGUCAUGUUUUUACAUGUUAAAAAUGAGCUUAAAUCAUGUAUACAUGUGAGUUCAACUUUAAUUUGUGAUUUAAUUUACUCAAAAAUAAAACAUAAUGAAGAAUUUAAUAAAUACAUUGAACUAUAUAUCGAGUUUGAUCGUAAAAAGAUUUCAAAUCAUUACGAUUGGAAUAUUCUUCAAGAGUAUCCAGAUUACGAAAGGAAGUAUUUGAUUGAUUUUAUAGAAUACGUAUGUAUUCAUGAAGAGUUACCAUUAUUUGUCAAUAGUAUGUUACGUAGUAUGUACAAUUUUAAUGAAAGGAAUGCCCAGACUAAAGUUCCAUUGGAAAAAUUAAGUAUAAAAAAUUAUCCAUUAUUGUUUAAGGCUGUAAAAAGUAUUGUAACACGAGAUCGUACAAGUGAUAGUGACUGGAACAAGAAAUCAACUGAUACACUUUUAAAAAAAGGAGAAAAUGAUAUUUUUUUAAGCUUUGUUAAAACAUCUAAUUUACCUAAAGAAUCAUCAUCUGAUGAAUCUGAUGAAUCAUCAUCUGAAGAAUCUGAUAAAUCAUCAUCUAAGUCACUUAAAAAACAACCAUCUACGUCACCUGAAAAAAUUGAAUUUAAUAAUUCAAAUGUCAUAAGAUUAUUGCAAAAAUCGCCAGAAAAAAUUAUAAAAAACUGGAAUAAAUAUCUUGAGCUAUGUAAAAAUAAAAUUACAAGACGUAAUCUUGCUCGUAGAUUUCUUCGUGAUGCUAGAUGGCAUCAAGAUUUACCCAUAAUGUUUGCAAAUCAAUGUUUGAAAGAAUUAAAAAUUAAAGAAACUGAUGAUAAUCAUAAAAAUCUUUGUAUUCUUGCAGUUUUGUAUGAGGGUGCAUCAUAUGAAAAGCUAUUGACACCUUUUAUACCAGAAUCAAAAACACUCGAUUUAACAACCAGCAUAACAAAAGACGAGUAUAAAUUAAACUGUUCUAUUCUAUGGUCAUUAAACAUUGUCAAUCCACCAGUAUCAUUUUCACCAAUCUUUGAAUUUUGUCAAGGUGAUUAUGUUCACGAUGCUGUCAACACGUUGAAUAACGUUGGUCGUCGUGUACCUGUGGGAAAAGUUAUAGAAUUCUCAAAAACUCUUGUCAAUCAAAAAAUAUCUGUUAAAAAACAUGGUAUUAGAUUAUUUUGUCAAGUAGCCAGUCAAUCAAGAAAUGAUGUCAGAUCUCUAUGGAAGAAAGAAAAGCAUCCAUCAGCUCGUGAAGUUGUUUAUAAAUGUAUUUUUAAACUAUUUAUUGAUGCACCUUCUUCACAGAGUUGGAGCAUCAUACAAACUUGCAUGGAUGGUGUCAAGACUGAAGAUUACUUUUGGGAUAAAAUUUUCGACGUGUCUGAGGUCCCUGAUGAUUUUUACGAACGUUAUAUAUUAAAGCUGUUUGAGACAAUCAAGAGAAUUGAAGAAAUAGACGAAGAUUUUGGACGUUCAGACAGUCAAACAUGUGUAGCUCGUAUUAUAAACAAAACUUUCUACAAUUCAGGUUUAUUAUCAGAACAAUUCCAUCAGUAUAUUAUCAAAAAUUAUUUUACUGAUUUUUCAAGACCAGAGUAUGUUUGGUCUCAUAGCAUUUGGAAUUAUAUUAUGAACGUUUACAUUUCCGAAGCAGGUGAUAAACUUGAAUCAAGAUUGGUAUAUUUAACUGAUGUUAUUAUAAAAAUUAUUAAAACAUGGUGGAACAUUCCUUCUAAAUAUAAUUCAAAUGUCCUCACAGUCAACUAUUUUAUUUACAAAAUGAUUUCACGUAUUUGUGAUAUAAAAUGUGAUCAUAUUAAAUUAAGAACUGCAAAGGUUUUGCUUGAUGCUUUGUUGACAGUAUUAAAACCAAAACAAUUAGGAACUUCAUACUUGGAUUUAGUUUACAUUGGAAUUCUUGAUAAUGAAUACACUGUUGAUCAAAUGACACAUCAACUUGUACAGCUUAUACCAUCACUGGUAACAUCAACAACAGCUUGUACAAAUUGGUGA